GUGCAUUCCUCUGGCAGCGAAUUCCACGUGGCAUGAACAAAAUGCUACGUUACGUAAGAUAAAGUAACUGUGAGUGUCCCCCUUUUAUUUUUUUAUUGUGUGCGUUUGGCGAGAGCAGUGAGGAAGAAGCCUCUCCGGCGAUCUGAGGUUUCCGAUGGCGGAGCAACACCGCAAGACCACGCUGGAUUCGGGCUGGGUCGCAGCGAGGUCCACUGAGGUCCAAUUCACCGGAAUCCAGCUCACCACUACUCACCCUCCAACACGCCCCACUUCCCCAUGGAUGCAAGCUCUCGUUCCUGGAACUGUUCUAGCGACCUUGGUGAAGAACAAAGCCGUUCCCGAUCCUUUCUAUGGACUGCAAAAUGAGCACAUCAUUGACAUUGCUGAUUCUGGAAGAGACUAUUACACCUUUUGGUUCUUUACAACCUUUAAUUGCAAGCUUUCAAGCAAUGAGCAUUGUGAUCUGAACUUCCGUGGAAUCAAUUACUCUGCUGAUGUGUAUUUGAACGGCCACGAAAUCAUCCUACCGAAAGGGAUGUUUCGAAGGCACUCCCUUGAUGUCACCGAUAUUCUUCAUUCGGAUGGCACAAACCUGCUUGCUGUUCUUGUUCAUCCUCCGGAUCAUCCCGGGAGAAUUCCUCCCGAGGGGGGACAAGGCGGUGAUCAUGAGAUAGGAAAGGAUGUGACUACACAGUAUGUUGAAGGUUGGGAUUGGAUGGCUCCUAUAAGGGAUAGGAAUACUGGAAUAUGGGAUGAGGUUUCUAUUUCUGUUACUGGGCCAGUAAAAAUAAUUGAUCCACACUUGGUUUCAACAUUUUCUGAUGAUUAUAAGAAGGCAUAUCUACAUACAACAACUGAGUUGGAAAACAGGAGCUCCUUGACUGCUGAGUGUUCUUUGAGUGUCCAAGUGACAACAGAACUUGAGGAUAGCAUUUGCUUAGUAGAGCAUCUUCAAACUCAAGAUCUCUCAAUUCCUGCAAACUCAGCGGUGCAAUAUACAUUUCCUGAGCUUUUCUUCUCCAAGCCCAAUUUAUGGUGGCCAAAUGGAAUGGGAAAACAAUCUUUGUACAAUGUUGUUAUUGUCAUUGAUGUUAAAGGAUUUGGUGAAUCUGAUUCAUGGAGCCAUCACUUUGGAUUCCGCAAAAUUGAGAGUCAUAUUGAUGAUGCUACUGGUGGAAGGUUAUUUAAAGUCAAUGGAAAACCAAUUUUUAUUCGAGGGGGUAACUGGAUAUUGUCAGAUGGACUACUGCGGCUUUCAAAGAAGCGGUAUAAUACAGAUAUCAAAUUUCAUGCAGAUAUGAAUUUCAACAUGAUUCGAUGCUGGGGUGGUGGGCUGGCUGAAAGACCGGAGUUUUAUCAUUACUGUGAUUAUUAUGGCCUUCUGGUAUGGCAAGAGUUUUGGAUUACUGGGGAUGUUGAUGGACGUGGUGACCCAGUGUCCAAUCCAAAUGGUCCACUGGACCAUGACCUUUUCUUGUUUUCUGCAAGAGACACAGUUAAGCUUCUAAGAAAUCAUCCUAGCCUUGCACUAUGGGUGGGGGGAAAUGAACAGGUUCCACCGGAUGAUAUAAAUGCUGCUCUUAAAAAUGAUCUGAGGCUUCAUCCUUAUUUUGAAAGUGUGGAGGAAAAUAGCAAACCUGUAGGAGACUGGUCCCCAAUGUCGACAGAUUUUAGUCAGUAUCUUGAUGGCACACGCAUUUACAUACAAGGUUCAAUGUGGGAUGGGUUUGCUGAUGGGAAGGGGAACUUCACUGAUGGUCCUUAUGAAAUUCAAAAUCCUGAAGAUUUCUUCAAGAAUCACUUUUAUAAUUAUGGAUUCAAUCCAGAGGUUGGCUCUGUGGGAAUGCCAGUUGCAGCUACCAUAAGAGCAACAAUGCCCUCAGAAGGAUGGCAGAUACCAGUGUUUAAGAAACUUCCCAAUGGUUAUGUUGAAGAAGUUCCAAAUCCCAUAUGGGAAUACCAUAAAUAUAUUCCUUAUUCAAAACCAACCAAGGUUCAUGAUCAGAUUCAACUUUAUGGUGAUGCUAAAGAUCUCGAUGAUUUUUGUUUGAAGGCUCAACUUGUCAACUACAUACAAUAUAGAGCUCUUCUGGAGGGAUGGACUUCUCGCAUGUGGAGUAAAUAUACAGGUGUAUUAAUAUGGAAGACACAGAAUCCCUGGACUGGUCUGAGAGGUCAAUUUUAUGAUCAUCUACUUGAUCAAACAGCAGGUUUCUAUGGUUGUCGGUGUGCUGCAGAACCAGUUCAUGUACAGCUUAAUCUGGCUACAUAUUUGAUAGAGGUUGUUAAUACUACAGCAGAAGAAAUGUCUAAUGUUGCCAUUGAAGCUUCAGUGUGGGAUCUUGACGGGACAUGCCCUUACUACAGAGUUCAUGAAAAUUUCUCUUUGCUGCCAAAAAAAGUAGCACCUAUUUUUAAGAUGAAGUAUCCAGAGUCAAAAGAUCCAAAGCCAGUCUACUUUCUUCUUCUCAAACUCUAUAACAUGUCAGAUAAUAGAGUUAUAUCCAGAAACUUUUAUUGGUUGCAUCUUUCUGGUGGAGAUUACAAGUUAUUGGAGCCAUAUAGGGAGAAGAAAAUACCUCUCAAGAUAACAUCGAAGGUUUCAAUUGAAGAAUGCACUUAUAAUAUUCAAAUGCUUGUGGCAAACACAUCUAAAAGACCAGCCUCUACAAGUUCAACAGCUAGGCUAAGUGAUGGUUUUUAUGGCACACACUCACUGGAAACUCUGGCUUGUGGGGUUGGAAUAGAACAAAAAUCUAGUUGGUUUAAGAGGAUACAUAGAUGUUUUGCUGGGAAAAGUGAUGGUUUGAAAGUUACUGAAAUAAGUGGGCCUGAUGUAGGCGUUGCUUUCUUUCUUCAUUUUUCUGUUCAUACUUCAAAGAUGGACCACAAUGAAGGGAAAGACACAAGAAUUCUUCCGGUUCAUUACUCAGAUAACUAUUUCUCACUAGUCCCAGGAGAGACCAUGCCUAUAAAUAUAUCUUUUGAGGUUCCUCUGGGUGUCACUCCUCGAGUUAUUCUGCAUGGCUGGAAUUACGAUGGAGGUGAAAUCAUUUGCGAAGUUGUAUAGUAAUCUCCUGAAACCUUGUGAAAUGAUAAAGUCUUGUGUGUGUUAUUAAAAAUGCAUCACAAAGAGAGACCUUAAUGAUUUCAAUUUUAUUUGUUGGUUUACUAUACCUCAAAAGGCUAAUAUAUCGUUGCAAUGUUUGAAGAUUAA